AUGAAAAAACUUUCCAAAAAGGCUUCUGCCGAUGAGCAGAAAAAAAUUAACAGUCUUAUUAUAACGUUAGGAUUAUGUACUCUAUCGUUUGCCCACUAUAUUGUCAAUCCACUCGCAUUGCCUCCGGCUACUAUGCUCACAAUUUCCUUGGUAUCCACAAUUGCAUCUUUUUUGCCUCUGGCGUCAGCGUAUAUUAGCUUCUCCAAGAAAAUGAAAUAA